AUGAAAUCUAAAGCCCUAUUUGCUAUCAUUUUCGUGCCUUGUUAUCUAGAUCUCCCAACAGAUUCCAUUUCUAUUCACAAUUCUGUGAUAAAGGUGUUCUUCCUCGCUCCCUCUAAUGGAACGGUUAACUUGAUGUGGCUCAAACUCAAACUAUUUUACGACAAGAUUAAUGAUUUUCUACGUAACGAAUAUUCGGUGAUCCCUGCAGCCAUUCUUGCUUUUUUAGUGAAACAUGAAUUCACUUUCAUGGAAGCCACACCAAUAACUCUCUCGAUCCGGUCGCUGUGGUUGCUGGAAUCGUGCGGACUGUUUUAUACUCCUGACUUCCUCUAUCCCUAUCUGACCACGGUUUUAGAAUCAAAUCGUCAGUUUGAAAUGCGUGCAUAA